AUGGCGGCGCGGCAGGUGGUGUUCGAGUGUCACUGCAGCUCCACUGUACCGGGUCAGUGGGUGGCUGUUGUAGGUUCUUCUCCUCAGUUGGGUUGUUGGGAUGUGCGUCGUUCUGUACGCUUGCAUACGAACGCGUCUUCUUUUCCUCUCUGGUCCUCUCCUCCUGUAUCGCUCUCUGUAGCAGCAGCUGCAGCUCCUGCAUCUGCUGCUGCAGCAGGUUCCCCUGGAGGAGCAGCAGCUGCUGGCGGUUUUGCUGCUGCUGAAGCAGCAUCUAAAGCCGACCCAGUGGAAUUUAAAUUCAUAAUUUGCGGCCCCGAUGCUUCGCGAGUUUCCUGGGAGCAGCUUCAAGCUAAUCGUUUGCUGCUGCCUUCGGGGCCUCGUUCGUUGCGUUACCGCGCUCGCUUUGGGGAGCCCUCAGAGGAGCUGCUGCUGCUGCAGCAGCAGCAGCAGCAAGAGACCCCACCUAAGCAGCGGGGGCAGCAGCAGGAAGCAACAUGGAUGGGGCGUUCUCGCGAUGCAUUCUCUUCUUCGCUAAAGCGGCUGUCUUCGGGGCUUGAUUUAUCUCCUCAGUCUACAGGCGGCACUGCAAGUCCAUUGAGCGUCAGUCCAGGAGCAGCAGAGAGUUGUGCACGUCUUUUGAACCCUACUUCCACUUCUACUUCCUCAGCAGGAACAGCAGCAGCAGCAGCAGGUGCAGCAGGUUCGUUGUUAAGCCCUAGCGGAGCGCUGAGUUUUAUUGUCGAGGGUAAUGCGUCUGCUCCUUCUUGGGGAGCGAAGCUGGAGCUAGUAAAGAGUGUAGUGAAGAAUGCAGGAGACGGCAGCAGCUUGGCGAAGGCAUCAGCAGAGCAGCUGGUUGUUGCUAUUGAUGCUUUAUGCUACGCUGGGGUGUAUGCAGACCUUGUAUCUCAGGGGGCUUUGCGUUGCAGUGAAGAUGGGCGCCAUCUUCGUCCUAAUAGGCAUGCAAAUAUAUCUCGCGAGGUGUCUGUACACCUGGAGCUACUGCUGCAAGCAGUGGCUUCAAGAACAGAUGAUUUUGCCUCUGUACUGAGGUUAGUAGCGAGAAGAAUCCUUCCUUCUUUGCCUUCUUUUGCUGCUGCUUUUCGCGCAGCACAGCCUCUAACACGCAUUCGUAAUAUUGCACAUCGCGAUGAUAUACCAAUGGAACUAAAAAAUGAAAUUAAACAUAAAAUACAGAACAAACUCCAUCGGUGUGCAGGACCAGAAGAUCUUGAAGCAACGCAGCAGCUGCUGCAACGCGUGCAUGCAGCACGAGGCCAGUAUUCUUCUGGGUUUGUAUCUGAGUUAGAAACAUUUUAUAAGGAAUUGUGUUUCUUCUUUAAUCAAUAUGACUUGACAGAGAGGCUUAAAGAGCUGCUUCCUAGACAAACACCAAGAACAGCAGAAGCUAUUGAACGCUAUCUAGACGCAAAGGAGCGCAGCAAUACAGCUGAUGCUUCUCCAGCUAAACUUCUCCUCGCUCUUGGGCUUGCAACAAAUCUUCGUUUCGUUUUCGUUCUGCAGCUAACAGAAACGGGCCACUUGCAUGAGGGAGACGAACAACAAAUUCAAAACCUGUAUGUAUACACCGCAAGAUAG